AUGAGGGAAGUUUUGUUUUUGGUUGUGGCGUUUGCCAAUUAUGUCAGUCGGAUGGAAGCGUAUGUUGUCGGCGCUGGAUUAAAUGUCCGAUUCGCCCAAAUGCUAUACACCGACACCAAAUAUCAAGUGCUCCGUGAGGAAAUGAUCAAGACAAACACAAGAAAUCUGGUGUACCACUGCCGAGCUGACAAAAGUGAUUGUGAUGCCGCACUCGCCAAGAUGCGAUAUAAGGCCAGCAAACACUUCUACGCUCUGUCCAAAGCCGUUGUGGACUACGUAAAGAAUAAACGCCAGGCGCGACCUACCGGUUACGUUGGUACUGCCACCUUCUGCCAGGACAACAUCUGUGUUCCAGACACCGAUCCUCCGAUAGUGUUCGGUGGUUGUUUCACUCUUGUCUCGUGCGGAGGCAAUCAGAGCUGGCAUCUCGACCCUGUAGUCUAUAAAAAGAAGAAGGCGAAGUUUUUCUAG